GCAUUACAGCUCGCUUGCUUGGACCCUUUCCAGAAUCUUAUUGAGUUGAUUUUAGCGAAGAGAUAAGGCUAAGAAGGCUCCGUAUUUGCAAAAGGAUUAGGUGCGGCUUCUGCUGUGCUUUCCAGGAAAGUUGGGUGCCUGCAAGCAGUAGCAGACAGGCCUGGUGGACCCCCUCGCCUGGGACUGGUAGGGCAGAAGGCUAGGAGGGCAACAGGAGGUGGCGCCAAACCCAGGAGCGGGCAGCCGAGGCAACUCACCCUUGUUCUCUUGCCCCCCCUUCCCCCCUCCCUUCCUCUUCUACAAGGGGGACGCCAAGACAGAGGAAGGAAAGGAGGAAGACGGCAGCCAGGCUCACCCCUUCGACUCGCCGUUUCCCCCGCCUCAGGAUGCGAAAGACCCACAUACUCUGUCUCGUGAUUCUUGGGAGCUUCCUGACCAUCGCUGCCUUGCACUGGCAGCUUGCCCGCAUGGUGCCCCAGUGGGUGCCCUCGCCCUGUGCCUGCUGCACCACCUUCCAGCCCCCACCGCUGGCCAACGCCACCACCCUGAGCGACGGCACCUAUACCUACCGCCUCGACCCGGGCAUCUACAAUGACCUCUUCCCACACCUGCAGCAAUAUCGGUGCCGGGAGCUCACCUGCCAGCAAGACUGGUGCCCAGAGGCCUCUGCCGCCCCGCUGCUCCUCCUGGCCAUCAAGUCCCACCCGGGGUCCAGCGCAAGGAGGGCGGCCCUGCGGCGCACCUGGGCGCGGCCGGGGGAGAUGGGGGGGUUCCGGGUCCGACAUGUGUUCCUGAUGGCUGUGUCGCCCAGCCAGAAACAGAUGAACCUGGCGACGGAGGAGAACGAGGAGUUUGGGGACAUCCUGUUGUGGGAUUUCAUGGAGUCGCACCACAACCUGUCCCUGAAGGAACGAUGUUUCCUGCAGUGGGUGCAUAGCAGCUGCCCAGGUGUGGCCUACAUCUUCAAAGGGGACGAUGACCUUUUUGUGAACCUGCCGGCGCUGACCGCGUACCUCGCUCAGAUCCCCAACGCCUCCCGCUUCAUCCAUGGGAACAUCCAGCGCCACUCAGCUGUGAUGAGAACAGGGAAGUACGCCGUCUCCACUGCCCUCUACUCGCAGCGAUACUACCCCAACUUUGCCUCCGGUGGGGGCUUCAUAGUACCCGGCCCCCUGAUCCCUGCCCUACAUCAGGCGUCCCUGGAGCUCCCGGUCUUCCCCCUCGACGACGUCUACAUGGCGUUCCUAACUCUGGCUGCCGGGAUCCCCCACCGACACGACAAGCGCUUCAAAGUGUGGGGCAUCCCCAAGGACGACAUUGCGUUGUACCGGGACUCCCUGACGGUGCACGGGAGCUCGAUGGAAAGGAUGGAGGAGGUGUGGCAGAAGCUCUGGGUCAGCUGAGUGGCGGCCGCCCGUCUGUGCAUAGCUGUCAACUGUCCCUUCUUUGGAGGGACAGUCCCUUAUCCCAGCGCUGUGUCCCGCUGCUGUCGCUUUUUGAUGAUGUCCCUUAAA